AUGCUCAAGACGAUUCGCCUGUGCAAGGAACACAAUGUCAGAGUGGGCGCGCACCCCGGGCUGCAGGACCUCUUCGGCUUCGGCCGGAGAAAGAUAGAGACUGACCCCGGCGACAUGUAUGCCAUGAUUCUUUACCAAGUCGGUGCUCUCAAGGCCAUGCUGGAUGCCGAGGGCGUCCAGCUGUCCCACAUCAAGCCACACGGCGAACUGUUCUUUUACAUGCAGCGAGACCGGGGCAUAAUGAAGGCCGUCUUGGAAGCCUGCGCUCCGUUCAAAGUCCCCGUUUAUGCCUGCCAAAACCCGGAACAAGAGGCCAUGUGCGCCGAGAUGGGAAUCCCCUUCCAGGGCGAAUUAUACGUCGACAUUGACUAUUCGCCAGAGGGGAAGCUCGUCCCCGUGUCGCAGUCUCAUCCUGUCACGCCGGAAUUGUGUCACGAGCGCGUCGUUGCUGCAACCACGACUGAUACUGGAAGGGACAUUAACGGCACACCGUUUACUUUUGGGUUUGGCGGCAAGCCCUUUAGCAUUUGUCUUCACUCUGACGCACCGACGGUUUUGCAAAACGUCAAGUUGGUGCGUAAGGCCGUGGAUGGAGUCAACAGAAUCAAGUUUUUUAAAAAGGAGAAUUAA